AGGGUUCUGGGUAGUGUUGUAAAAUUCUGCUGGUUAACUUAGCGUUUUAGCAUCUGUGUCAUUGCAUUACAAUGUGCUCGCUGUAAAAAACAUAGAGAAAAUGGAUGGGAUAUUACCUUCUGGAAACCAUGUGAGUCGUCACUGCUGCGGUCUUUUUUGAUGCUGUGGCGGGUUCCGUUCUUCCCAUCGCUUGAAGAGAGGUAUCGAUAUGGACGGAAGGAGAAGGAAAUACGUUGCCCCAGAUUCAAAAUAUGAGAUUCCAUCAAGAACAAGGAGAUACUGGAAAAGGAGGAAGCUGGUUGAGGCCAUCAACAUGCACCUGUCAAAACAGGGAAUGUAUAACCAUGAGUCCUCUGACCUCGACUCUGACAACGGCUCAGAAGACGGACACGAUGGUGGUGGGAUUACUCAGAACUUGGAUCAGGAGUCCUCUGACAACAGGUCUGAAGAUGCACAUGAUGGUGAUGACAUUACAAGCCUGCACACAGACCCUGAAUCAGAAGAGCUACCACCAAAUUUGAGCCAAACAACAGAGUCCUCAAUCUUCAGUUUUGAGGACAGUGUUGACCUUGGUGUGUUUGAACCACUAUGGCAAACACACCAAGGUCAACACUGUCCUCAAAAAUCCAUUACUGACUCUGAAUCCAUUGGCAGUGGAGAAGAAUUUCCCAUGGAAGACAGCACGGACAAGUCAGUAAAUGAAGAAUCACAUUUGGGAGUAGACGUUAAUGAAAGGCUUCCUCCAGUAAAUGAUGAGCCACUUUACACAGGCUCACAACUGACAAAAGCUCAGAGUUUUUUUACUUAUACUUUCAUAUGCUUUGAGACACUCACUUACUGGUGUGGCCCUGUCUGAUCUUUUAGAUUUUAUUAAUAUCCACUGUCCAGAAAAUGUUCUAACUUCAAAGCAUCUGUUCCUGAAAGAGCUUAAACCAAUACAAGGGCACCUAGAAUGUCACAUAUACUGUCUUAACUGUGAAUAUUACAUUGGUGACCAAGUCACUGAAGGGCAGUGUUCUGUAUGUAACUCUACAUGGGAUAGAAACAGCUCACAGAAGAGUGGCAAUACACUAUAUCUUUGAAUAUUUUACAAUAUUCAAAGAGAAGAUAUUGCAUGUUGUCUUAAGUCAGGAAAUGUCACAUGUAAUUCAGAAAGUUAUGAUGACAUAUGUUGUGGUAAAAUGUAUCAUAAUCUGAACAAAGAUGGUGGCCCACUAGAUAGUCCAAAUGCAUUCUCCUUAACAUUAAAUUGUGAUGGAGUUCCAGUAUUCAAAUCAUCUCAGUAUGCAAUUUGGCCAUUGCAAGGGAUGGUAAAUGAGCUUCCUUAUCAUGUCCGUAAAGAGAAUGUUUUACUUUUUGGCCUAUGGUUUGGUGCUAAAAAGCCAAAUGUUAAUACAUUUUUGAAACCAUUCACAAAAGAGUGUCAGUCAUUGUCAACGGUUGGCUUCAAGUUACACAGAAACAACACUGUGAAUAACUGUAGAGUGAUAGCAGCUGUUAUGAUGUGUGAUUCAGUUUCCCAUUAUGCAAAAUAUAACUCAAUUUAAUGGCCAUUAUGGGUGCAGCCUCUGCCUACAUCCAGGUGAACAAGUUCCAAAGGGAAAUGGAACCGUUAGGGUAUAUCCAUACAAAGAUGUUCCAAAAAGAGAUCAUGCUACAACCCUGACUGAUGCAAGGGAGGCUGUGCGCACCACCCAAUCUGUGAGAGGCAUUAAAGGGGUCACAUGCCUUGUCAACAUCCCACACUUUGACAUCAUAUCAGGAAUGCCUCCUGACCAUAUGCAUAAUAUACAUCUUGGAGUUGUUAGGCAAAUAACAAGCAUGUGGCUGGAUAGUGAACACCAUGGGGAGCCAUACUAUAUUGGUAAUCGUAUUCCUGAGCUCGACCAACAACUCAUGAGAAUUAAACCACCUUGCAAUAUCACAAGAGUGCCCCGCUCUUUUCAGCAAAGGAAGUUUUGGAAAGCCAGUGAAUGGCAGAACUGGUUACUUUUUUAUAGCAUCUUUGUGCUAAAGGGAAUACUCCCCCAUGCAUUUUACCAGCACUGGUUAAUCCUUGUCACCUUCAUGUAUUUGCUAUGUAAGGACACGGUCACAUCAGAGGCGUUAAAAAGAUGUGAAAAGCUAGUUGUUGAGUUUGUCAAACAGUUUGAAACACUGAUGGAAAGGCAAAUGUGUCAUUUAAUGUACAUUUAUGUCUUCAUUUGCCAGACUCUGUGAGAAAUUGGGGACCUUUGUGGGCACAUUCAGGAUAUAUUUUUGAGUCUUUUAAUGGGGAGAUACUGAAUAUGUUUCAUGGCACGCAGUGUGUUCCCCUACAAAUAAUGAAACAAAUUCACAUAUAGACAAGUGUUGCCUCUUUUGAAAAACAAUGCACUUAGAAAUGCUGUGCCUAAAUGUAUACAGCUGUAUAACAACUUGACUGGUGAAAAAAAGCUGAAACAGUUUGAAAGAGUAGCAGAUCAAGUUGUGACCCUUGGUCUACACUUUGUGCGAAAACUUACUAACGAAGAGAUGCUGGCUAUGAGAGAGACAUUUUCAGUCACCACGGAUACAAUUGUGAAAAUAUUCAGCAGGAUUUUGGUCAAAGGAGAACUGUAUUACUCAGAGCAAUUCACUAGAGUAAUGAAAAGGAACAGCUUCACUGUUUUGUUGGACAAUGGACACAUAAUCACUGUGUAUUAUUACAUUGUGGUAGAGACUUGAUAACGGAAAAUGUUUUGCUGUUGGAAGACGGUAUGACAAAUCACACAGUUCAGUUGCAAAUUUAGAAAAUGUGGUUGGCUUGAAAAGAGUGUUAUAAGGCAGGAAACAGGUUUUUGAUAUGAAAUUCAAUAGGAAAUGUAUGUUAGUUGAUCUGCCACAUUAUGCCAACCUUUAUGCAUGUAUUCCUCCAUGUUCCAGUGUGGAGGACUGAAAUGCCAUGUUGAUUAUGAAAUGUCAUGAGAAAAAAAAUGUUGAGGAUGAAAUGUCAUGUGGAGAAAUAAAAAGUGGACUCUUGUA